AUGUCUCUCAAUAACCUGGAGGAAGGUGAUAACGAUCUGAAAGUAAGAUAUAACAUCGCCUACCAAACAGAUGCAGCCAACAACUUCUACGGAGGUACAGUUACCUCAGGAGAAAUGACCAUGAAGAUCAGUUCCAUCACAUCCUUCACUUCGUCUAAAUCCGACCCACUGGUUGGAGAAACCAUCACUCUAACAUGUACUGCAACCGGAGAAACUGCUCCUACUUUCUCUUUUACAACCCAAGGGAAGAACCAUUUCGACACUACCUUCUUUAAGUUGGUGAAGGCUGCAACUGUUACUUCAGUCGAUUCAGUACACACUGCGGAAUACACUACAGAGACUCUCAGGGUUAACACGAUGAUAAAUGGACAAGUUUUCAACUGUCUGGCUGACUACGGAUUAGCUCAGAAAACAGAUAAAGAAUUGACAGUCACAACAUAUUUCAAUUGUGCUGAUGUCACAUGGAAAUCAUUAAAUCCAGAUGGAAAUGGAGCGACAAUAGCACAGGAAGAUCUUGGUGAUGGUUCUCUGAAGCAGACUAUAACCUGCCCUGUUAAUUCAGACCAAGCUAGAUUUGAAUUAGUUACCCCACCCGGCUCGGCUGCAGCAAUAACUUGCACCAAGGAGACUGGAAAGUAUGACAACUUUCUUGCCCGGUGCAAAGAAACAAACCCAUUGUUAACUGGUACGGGAAUACAGAAGAUGGUUGUUGCAAACAGCGCAGAGCAGCCAGCGCCUUGCACUGCCGAAGCAACUGGUGAAUAUUCGAUUGCAAUAAUGAAAGAAAAACUGAACUCACCGGACGAUAAUGUUUGUGGAUUUAGACAUCAAGUAACGUGUUUGGGUGACGGAACGUGUACUCUGGAUACAGACAAAACUGAUUGUCGUUACGAGGACGGCAAGGUGAUUACAGAGUACUUUGUUAACUUGACACCUGGUGUUUGGACUCCCGCUGAGAGAUAUCCUCUCAUAGUAGUGAAAAAUAAAAUUCAGUUCUGGAGCUGUUCAAACAUUUAUAAUAAAAGACGAAGACGAGGUGUUGAUGAUCCCGACUACGACUUUGAGCAAAGUAAUGAUAAUUCAUCCAUAGCUACAGAUUUCACCAUGGUUCUUAGUCAGGACGCAACACCAAGCAUAUGCAGUCGUGUUAUUCUCGCAGCUCUAACGAGAGCCACUACCAUUCACGCCAUGGGUCGGAGUGAGUGA